GGGAUCUGGCAACCGCGUUACAGUGUGUUCCUGCAAAUAUGGCAGCGUGCGAGCUGAAGGGAGAGCUGAAGUACCGAGAUGGACAGACAAACCAGUUUACAGUACAAGUAGAUGGCAAUUUGAAAUCAAUGAUAACUGGCAUUAAGAAAUUAAAUGCUGAUAUAUCUGAAGUUUUGACGGCUCUUGUUGAACAAGAAAGGGGCUCAGCGGUAAACAACACAGCAGAUGUAGAUGAUGAAGAGGAUGAGGACAGUGAUGAAGAGGAUAGUACCACAGAAACGGCCACCAAAAAGUCAAAGUCAGAACCUCCAAAGAAGCGGAUAAAGACUUUGCGGUCAUGAUCUUCAGAGCUGUCAUUGUAUUGUUAUGGCCUUUAUAAAGGAGUGUUGUUAUAUCAGUACCCUCCAGCACAUGAAAAACCUUGAUGUUGGAAUUUUGCCUUAUUUUGUUUAUGUAUUUCUUAAUUAUUUUUCAUAACUUCAGGUUACUCUAAAAGGCAAAAGGGAAAACUGUUUUAUCAAUAAAUUUUUCCUGUUAUAAAAAGUUAUAAAUUGACAGUUGUUAUCAGUACUUCGGUUUCUUCAGCAUGUAAUAAACCACUGUGCAAUAAACUGGAUUCAAACUGUCUGGAAAA